GAGAUCGAUCGUUUUUGGGAGUAAAAAUAUCGAUUCCACUUGCAUACAGUUACACAAAAAGCUUUUGUAUUUUUAAAUUACAAAAGUAAAAAACACUUUGAGAACUUUUUUGUACCGAAAAUCAUGUUUGUAUCGAGCACAGCAGUCAACCAACAGUCAUAAACGUAAAGGUACCGCCUCGCAACGUAAACAAACGAAUGCGUCAACGAAACAUCAGUGUUAUAAAUUCGUGCAUGCUCGCAAGUUCGUACAGGCAAUGUAAAAUCGUCUCAAAAAGUGUUUUGUAACUCCCAAUUCGGGUCUGCAGGUGGCCAGCUAUCGCAUCAUUUUGCUGGGUCAAUGUUUGUGUCGUAAAACUAUAUCCGAAACAUAAACGCUUCUCAGACAAAUCUCGUCACCUGUGAAGCGAAGCAGCAACACGUGGUGGCAGCGGCAACAUGUCUAGCAAAAUAACUAAGGUGGUAGAAUUAAAUCCACAUGAAAACCAUCCCGUAAUACUGGAAAAUUUCGGAACUUACCUCGAACACCGGCAGCAUGAUAUGAAAUGUUUGUUGGCGCACAACCCAUCAACGGGCACGAAUGCGGGCGUUGGCAAUGUGCUGUUGGUAACGGGCGAGAAGAAACUUUACUGCGGUAACAUUGAUGUGCAACCGGCAGACUCGGACCAAACCGAGCCGUUGAUGCGCACGUACGUGGCCAAACGUAACAAGGCGACGGGCAAGAUGCGACUGGUUGAGGUCCGUUCCAGCACACUGAUGCACAUCAGCCUCGACCGGCCGGCGAAUAGCAGUCAACCGAGCGCUGCGUUCGACGAGCGCCGGCUGUUAAACAUGCAGAAAAAGCUGAACCCUCGAGCGGCACGCAUGAAGGAGAAGAGAAAUAGCAAAAUUCUCGAUCUGUCCGUGAUAGAGGACAAGCUGCAGAGCAUGGCGUCGGAAACGCAGCUGAAGGGUGUGGAGGAAGCGUGCCCGGUCAAAAUGACGGUGACCAACGAUGAUGUGCAGCAAGAGCUGCAGGCUAAGCGGAACCCGGAUGCGAAAACUCUGGGCGAUCUUUACGAUGCCGAGCGGGUGAUCGGUGCCGACGUGUGGCGCAGUCUGACCGAUGCUGCCAAGGAAAUGCUCCAGAUGCCGGUUGAGCAGAUCACCAUGGCCAACAGCUAUCUGGAGAAUAAGGUUAAAGCCGUCAUGCAGUCGAGCAAACCCACGACCGAACCGAAUCUGGCGAUCGUUCGGACGUGUUUGUACAUGGACGUGAUGGUUCGGCUCGUAGGCCCCAAGGCAUACGAAUUGACAAAGCGUGGAAAUAACGUUUCACCGUUCACCAAAGUGCUGGAUAGUACGAUCCGGAAGGGCUUUUUGCAGCAUGUACAGCAGGAAUCCAACACGUCCAAUAGGGUGACCAAGUACACUCGCAAAAAGGCGCUCGUGUACUAUAUGGCACUGCUGUUUGCGCUGGAGAAGCGUCCCGUAAUCGAACUGGACCUGUUUCAUAAGUCGCUCGAGUUGCCGCGCAGCGAGAUCGUCAUGUGCGCAUCGGUUGUCGGUGCGCGGUAUCUCCCCAAAGUGGGCCAGUUUACGAUCGGCAAUGUGAAGGUGAAAACGGAGGAAGAUCUUGCGGCAAACGCGCUGGAAGUUUUCAGAAAGGCUUCCCGAGGUCCGCGCGGGCGUAGAAAUUAACAGCAGAAAAGAAGAAUGUGUGGUGUCUCGUAUCUUGCGUGUUUCAGUCCAAUCGAUGAGGUCCAUGUUAAUGCUAACGAAUUAUGAUCAAUUAAUAAAACAUAUAAAGUUUUAUGUUUUCAAA